AUGCGAUUUGAAGUCGCUUUUGGUGCAGCGUUGGUCUUCAGCUACAGCGGAACACAGCGAGCGACUUUUAUUUCGGGCUACACCGAAUCGUAUGAACUGCAACUGACCUCCCGACUAAUAGAUUUUGGCAUCACACGAAAGAGCUAUAAAAUACACAUUGGUCGCCCCUCAAAGUUCUUCACUGCGAUGGAUACUGAUCCAGAGGAGAGCUGGAGAGAGAGAGCUGGAGAGAGAUGUGGGCGAAGCCGCCGCCCGCAGUUGCAGGGGGAUCGCUUGCAAAGUAGACUCGGGAGUCAGGCGGCGCCAUGGUCUUAUCCGUUUUAUUCGGGCGCCACCGUCUUCCACGCCGGGCCGGGGGCAAUGUGGUGAAGCCGGCGCAAAUAAAAAAAGGAACGCGGCCAGGGGUCGCCCGUGUGUUUUGGCUCGCUAAGAAGAUGGCGCGCGGCGGCGGUGUGUGGCGGUGCCCGCCGACAAGCACAAAGCCAAGGCGCGCGCCCGCGCGCCCGAGCGGGGCGCCUUCGAGGGUCGCCGCGGGCGCCCUCCGGGGGUGGAGGUGGC